UGCUCGUCCUUUCCACACACGCCCAGUGCGAGCGGCCGCCGGCUCCAGCAAGCGGCACCGACCGGCCUCUAAUUCUAGAGUUGGCUCGCUCUUGGCGCUGCACGAACGGUUUAGCGCUGCUCCUCGGCGCACGGCAAGCGAGCUCCUGGCAGCGUGCGGUCUGAAUGAGGUUGUUUACCCUUGCCACAGCAAGCUGAAAGUCUCUUUGCUCUGACGUGACCUCCAUAGAAGGACCAAAGUGAAAACUGCAACCUGCCAAGCCAUUCAGACACCUAUCGCCCACCUGGAGCCUGUGAAGGUGAAGAUGGAUGACGGUGGCAGAGCUGCUAGCGGAACCUCAGUUCCGCAGACCAGUGGGGGGGCAACUGCUAGGAAGAGUGUGCCAACUGCUUGUCCCCCUGGUGCCAAGCAAAAGGCCAGCAAGCCCCCCCAGCCAGCAAACAAGGUUCCCAACAAGAAGCAGCCAGCGGCCUCUGCAGCUGCUUCUCCUUCAGUUCCUAGUGGAGCUUCCAGAACACUUGGAAAUGGAACUGCUUGGAAGGCCAACAUGCAGCAGCCAAAGCAGCCGGCAUCCAAGACUAGUAACGUUGACAACUUGUCUGCUAGAGCGGCAAUGAAAAAGGCAACAGGGGACAAGACAAGUGGGUUGAAGACUUCAGAAAAGAGAGCUACAGAGAAGGAAGUGCAGCAGAAACCUCCAAAGGUGACCACACAGCCCAUAGCAUCAAAAGCACCUUCAACAAAGCCCAGCAGAGCUGAACAGACUAAAACUUCCAGGACUUGGUUGCCAGGAACAAAGAAUUCAACUUCAUCCUCUUUAAACAGAACUGCUUCUAAUGAUAAGAAUGUGGGCAAACGUAAGCCAACAUCACCACCUGCUGGUCAGGGCACAUCAGCACAUCAGCAGAAAAAUACUCUGGCAACACAGAGAGAUGCCUCUAGAGCUGCCACAGUUUUAAAGGCCAAGGUUUCAAGCUCCAACCCUUCUGUGAAGGUGACACCUGCCUUAAAGCCUCCCAAACACUCAGCCUCCAAAUCACAACCUGAGCAAAAUCUCAGAGAGAGGAAUGCACCUGUGAACAGCAGGUUUGCAACAAAGAAAUCUUCAGACCCCGGCAAGCCCCAAAUUCAAGCCAAGGUGGCCGGUGGGAGUCUCCACCCAACCACUCCUCCGAGAGCCCUUGCUGCUUCUUCCAGAGCUCUGCCUCCUUCGGGCAAGAAGCUUCUGAAGAAAGACGCGCUUUCCAGUCGUGAGCAGGUGUCGCCCCAAAAGAAGCCUCAAGAGACAAUCGCCAAGGACAGUGGCAAGAAAACCACCAAGGAAGCAGAGGGCGCUUCCAACAAGGAUGAGAAGUUUCUAGAAAAGCUGGAAUCCGCAGCAGCUGAAGAAACUGUUGACCAGCCACUCUCCCAGGAGACUGCAGACCGUUGCAUAACAGUAGUAGGGAUGGAGCAGAUGGAACCAGGAGAUGCAGAAGAAGGCAGAGCUGAACAGACAAACAUUAACGCUUCAGAAGGGCUCCCUCCAGCAUUCCUUGAAGCACCUCUCCUCUGCCCUGGAGCACCAGAUAUCAGUAUAUCCUCUGUUAGUGAGACGCCUCACUUGACUACACUUGAUGUCCUGGAGAUACAUGGUGAAAAUGGAGACGAAACACAUAAUUUAGAGCCAGCGCUCCCUUAUGAAACAUCUCUUCCCAUUCAGUUGGAGCUCUCUCACCAAACUUCCCCACCAGAAAUCUUACGGCAAGAAGAAGGAGGCGUGGCCUCUGAGCAUCUCAGAAAACAAACCUCUCAUUUGGAUGCUCCAGUAGCCAGUAUUGAGCAGCCCCAUUUCUUGCACAACCCUGACACGCCUUCUCUUGAUGUAUGUCGUAUUUCAACUCCAUCCCUUCCAGCCGAGGAUUCUCAGAUUUUAAUAAAUGAGCUUGAGAGAUCUCCUUCUUCCGAGUCCUUGACUUUAGAUUCUGAAUUGCUUGAAGAGACUCAAACUAUAAAGCUAGUAGUUCUGCCAGAGCCACAGGAGGACCCCAGUCUUUCAGCAGAGCAGUCUCUCUCAGCUAGCCAGUUUGAUCCUACCUUAAAAACUGUGACAGAGUCUCUAGCAGCAGGCCACAAGGACAGCACCGAAUUGGAAAUGGUGAACAAAAUGUUGAAUUUGUGUCAGAACUCAGAGGAAGAACUGCAAAAGGAAGUGGUAUCUCUAGAGGUAGGAAAUGAAAGACUGAAGAGCCCCCUAGAUCUUGCAACUAAAUAUAGUGAGCUUGCACAGAAAGUAGUCACUUCUCAGCAGAUGGAGGAUGGGCCUUGUGCUCCUACUCAUGCUGAAAAUGAGCUAAUGGAAGUUCUGCAAGUAGCAGAUCAUUUAAUAAUGGGAGCAGCUACUCAGUACCAAACCCGUCUCCCUGUGUUUGUAGCAGCAACCUCAAUCCCUACAGAAUUGUCCGGAGAGCCUUUUGCAGGCUAUGAUGAUCAGUCUAGCAGCUUAGACGAAUAUCCCACCAUUGGAGAACUUGAGGAUGAUGCAGUCAUUCCAGAAGAAUGCAUGAGUAACAUGAAGCAGGAAGAGGCCAAUCAAUACGAAACUCCAGACUACUUAGUUCAUCCUUCAGGGGAGCUCUCACCAAAUAGUGGUACUGCUCAGCUGUCAGUGCACAAACCUCAGAGCUUGCCUUUGAAGAGCUUGGAGUUGUUACAAGAAUACCCAAUUGAGUUGACUGAAAUGCCAGAGUUGCUGUUAAGUAGCACAGGGCUGAAAGCUCUCUCCCCAGAGAAGGGAGGCUCAUCUUCCAAAUCCAGCACCUUAAGUGGGCCUGAUCUGGCAGGUAAGAGCAGCAGUGAAACUAGCACGCCUGAAGAGCUGCGGGAGUAUGACAGUAGCUCUGGAGUUGAGUCCAAGUCAGAUGAGAAACUCGAACAAACUUGUCAUCAGCUCCUGAGUCCCUUGGAGGACCUCCCUGGGGAACUUGAUCUCGGCAUCCACAUGGAAAAGGGAGAUGAUGAGGCAGAGACCCUGCCAGCAGAUGAAGUCCUUGGAGAUCCACCUACUGAGCCCACUGUAUCCUCCGAGGAAGAAGCCGAACUGGAUGCGGAUCUUCUGAAGGAAGCAGGCUUUCCCAAAACGGUAUGCCUCUUGACCUCUCCUCUCCCAGCCAAGUCACAUUUGCCCCAUUCGGUAGAGGAGUCUGACGAACCAGGUUCUGGGGAUGCUGGCACAGAAACCCCAGCCUCGACCAACUCUGCAGCUUCAUGUGAUGUCUUUGGUGCCUUCCAUCUCCAUUCAACUGACAGCUGUGGCAAAAGCCCAGGCCUCUCUUCCCUGGACAGCGAAGAACACUCCACUGAGGGCACUAAGGAGACCUGCAGCAAGAUCCCCAUAGAUUGGGAGCAACACUUGCACCUCACCCCAACACCCUUGAAUACUGGAGGGCACGAAGAAGAAUCGUCACAGCCUUUCUCUGCUGCUCAUAGUCUGACUGCAGGUGACAAUGGGGCUGGCUUGCCCUUCCCCUGGGAUCCAUGUCCAUCAGAGAUCCUCUCCACUAUCUAUGAAGUAGAAAGUGGUGCUGAAACACCUGGCCCAGAUGAAGAGGAUGGGAGCUGUUGCUUGCGUGCCGCCUCCCGAGAACAGGCUCUUCAGCUAGGAAACAUCCAGGCUACAGUCGUACAGCAGCUAAUCAGCCGGGCCCUGCUCUUCCCAACAGAAGCGCCCCCUGGGGCUAUCAGUGGGAAGGGGGCCAUGAACAGCGAAGCAGAGAUUGGCAAAUGGACAGAACUGAUCUCCCCUUUGGAAGAAUCUCGAGCCAGCAUCACUUCUGUGACAAGCUUUUCCCCAGAGGACAUGUCAUCCCCACAUGGGGACUGGACUGUGGUAGAGGUAGAAUCUUUCCACUGAUUAUUUCCCCUCUCACAAGUUAUAUACAUAUAUAAAAGGCAUUUUUUUUGGAGGGGAACCACUACUUUUCAUCCAAGUGUAUCUAUUAAAUGUCCAGGAAGGGUCAAGUAUUAGCUGACUGGAGAUAUGGCUCUCCCCUUUGUCUUCAGCAGCUAAUAGUGUGAAUAGUUAAGCACUUCUGAAUCAUGAUUACUUUUGUCCCAUGCUGUCUUAGGCCUUGGAUUGUUUUUGGUUCAGCAGACUGACCAACCUUUUAUGUUUGGGACUUCCAGGGCAUACACUAAUUUCCAGAGGGUAAGGCCCAUCUUUUAUUUAGUUGUAAUGUGAUUGUGCCAAUUACUGAUAUCACUGUCAAAU